AUUAAUUUUAUUUUCACGAUCACUCACGUACAUUUUUUAAUGUCUUGUUUUCAAGAAUUUGAUUUUUCGUUAAUCGUGCAUAGAAAUAUGCUUCAAAUAGGAUAGAAGGGAAAUAAAUAACUGCGAUGGACGAACAAGUCAAUCCGUCCAGUGCGCCAGCUGGGUCUAAAGUUGCGCCUGGGGCGGAGGAUGGUACAGCAGCAGAAUCUGCGCGGCGGGAUCUCGAGGAGGAGUUUAACAUGCAGAGAGCCAGGAUGAAGGAACUAUUCCUGCAGAAAGAAGAGGACCUGCGCUCUCUCAUGCAGGAAAAGCAACACCUGGACUCUGAGGUGAUGGGGCUGCGCGCCGAGCUGCAGCAGCUGCAGACACUGAGUGAAAAUCAGAAGUCAGAGAUACAGAGCUUGCAGCUGCUCGUUAAUGAGACAGUGGAAGUGUCAUCGUCGGGCUCGGAGGAGGUGCGACGGCUGACGGCGCGCAACUUGGAGCUGGAGAAACAGCUUGCGCAGCUCAAGCAGCAAAGUACAUUUGAGUCGGCGCUGGUGCCGGGCGGGGGGUACGUGCGCUCGCUGGCGCGCAAGCUGGCGCUGGCCACCGACGAGCAACCCGUCAGGCGGAAUGAAGAGAGCGAGCUGACGACGUCCAUCAUCGAGCCGCUGGAGAUGGAGAUCUCCGCGCUCAAGGACAAGCUGCGCCAGACCGACGCGCAGCUGCAGGAGACUCUGAAGGCCAAAGUAACAAACACAGACGACACGGCGGCCAGCGGCACUGACGCUAAACCAGACGCUGAGUGCCGGCAGCCGUGCGACAUGUGCGCCAACUACGAGCAGCAGCUGGUGACGGAGCAGGCGCGCGUGGAGUUCUCGCGCGACCGGGCCGCGCAUUUUGAACAGGCGCUCAAACUGGUGAGUACUUGUGUAUGUGUGUCAGAGUGCCGGCCGUGCGACAUGUGCGCCAACUACGAGCAGCAGCUGGUGACGGAGCAGGCGCGCGUGGAGUUCUCGCGCGACCGGGCCGCGCAUUUUGAACAGGCGCUCAAACUGGCCACGGAGGAGCUGGAGGGCGUGCGCUCCGUGCACGACGAGACCAUCCGCAGCUGGCAGGCGGAGCGCGCCGAGAGCAGCCGGCGGCUGGCCGAGCUGGCGGGCUCGCUGUCCGACGCCACCGCCGAGCUGGCCAAGCACGCCGCCGCCGCCGACGCCGCCAGCCGCCGCACGCUCGAGAGCGUCACCGCGCUCACCGUCAAGCGAGAGCUGCUGGAGAAGAAGCUCAGCACGUUGGAGAGAGACAACGCCAUGUUAGUCGGCGAGUUCACGAAGAAAGCGGCAGAGAUGCAGAACGAAGUCAUCAAUCUGCCCAACAACGUUGCGGAUCUGCACGAGCAAUCGCUGCAGAUGCGCGAGCAGCUCAUCUUUUGCGAGACGGGGCGGCAGCGCGCGCUGGCGGGCGAGGAGGAGCUGCGCAAGCAGCUGCUGCAGACGGCCGCGCAGCUGCACCGCCGCGACAAUGAGCUGGCGCAAGCGCUGCAGCGGCUCAAGAACGCCACUGAGGAGCUGGACCGGCUGCAGACGGAGCGCGAGCAGAUGACGGAGCUGGCCGACAAGCUGCGCCACUCCAACGACAUGAUCGAGCAACUGCUGGAGGACAAGAAGCGGCUGCAGACGGAGGCGCUUGAGACGCGCACGCGCGUGGCCGUGCUGCAGCAGGAGCUGGACAACAGCGAGAAGGUGCAGCAGGACUUCGUGCGCCUGUCGCAGUCGCUGCAGGUGCAGCUGCAGCGCAUCCGCGAGGCCGACACGGCGGUGCGGUGGCAGCACGACGAGGACGUGGCCGACUGCAACGCGUGCCGCGCGCCGCUGCCCAACAACAAGAAGAAGAUCCACUGCCGGCACUGCGGGCGCAUCUUCUGCGCGGCGUGCGUGGCGCACAGCGUGCCCAGCGGGCCGCGCGGGCUGCCGGCGCGCGUGUGCUCCGUGUGCCUCACGCUGCUGCAGCCGCACGCCGCGCCCUACUUCAGCACGCGCCCGCCCCACUCGCCCGACUAGCCGCGCCGGUGGCCAGGGCGGGGCGCCCACUAGCCGGCGCCGGCUGGCCAGGCCACGACUAGCCGUCGCGCGCGUGCCCUCACAUCGCUACAGCACCUUCAGCACGCGCCCGCCCUACUUAGUGAUUCAACGUUCGUUAUAUAAUAUUUGAUUGGGAUGACCAAUAUUCCGUUAUCAGUUUGCUAUUUAUUUUACAUACCAGAUUUAUCAAUGAUAUACCUUCCUCCACUCGAUUAUUGCAGCCACAUUAAAACUUUAGUAAUCUAUAUAGAUGUGUAUAAAAGUAUGCAUACAAAUGUAAGUAGUCAUUUUGUAGUUAAAUAAUGUGUUACAACUGUGUGAAGCAUCUGACAAAUACUUUUGUCUCAUUUAUUUAUUUAAACUGUUCAUAAAUAAGUUAAUAAGUUAGACAAGAACCAUCUAUGUGGAUGUUUUACAUUUAGUCUUGUCUCAUGGAGAUAUUGUAAAUAAAUAGUAAUAAACACUUAUAGAUUCUUUAGACUUGUAGAUAGUUUGAAUUUGAAAAUGUUCGAACCAUAGAACUUUAUUUAUUAUCUUAGUUUUAGCGGUGAUAGCCGCGGAUCGUUUUACUUUGCUAUCAAAAGAAAUGUAUUAAAUGAGAACCUCGUCCUUGAAGUCUGUUAAUGUAUGUGAUUUACCUCGAGUCCUCGAACCAGGAGAACCUAUUAGCAGUAACAGGUCACAGCGAAGAGAAAGUGACAAACGCCUUGAUAGCAUCCGUCACACUCUUUCAAAAAUAAUAAAAUUAAUUUUGGACUCCAUAAAGGCAAGAGAUAGAGGAUAUUCGGUGUCUAAGACGCGUGACCAUUUUUUCUGACCCUAUGAUCUGCCUUACUGGUAAUAUCCAUUGAAAAAUAGAUUUUUACUCUUAUAUAAAAAACUGUCUAUAGAGCAAAAACUUCUAAUGCAAAACUGUUCAAGGUAACUUUUUUUUUAUAAAACAGAUUAAAAUUGAUCCGUUGCCAUGUCAUCAAUCAUCAAACCAGGAAUAUGGCAUUCUAUUCGCUGUGAUGUUCAAAUGUUAAAGGUCCUUUACCAUCACCGUCAUUAUUGCCGUAUGCGACUCGAAGUGCAAGUUUCGAUUUACUCCUAGAUUGAUUUAUGUUCCUUGUUUACAAAAUUCUACCCGAUAAUAUGACUGGAACAAUCGAGCCUUCGCCAGAAAAAAAUAUAUAUUGCUGAUUCCACAAAUGGCUUCUUAGAAUGAUGACAGUUACACUAAUCAGGUAAUUGUCUAACUUUAUCGGAUCCGUUUGACAGCUCCAUUUAAAUAUAUGCCAAAUGCCCAAAUUAUAGAUGUCAAACUGUAAUAUGCUGAAUUUGCUGUCAAACGGAUCCCAAUCAGAUCAUGUUAUGCAAUUGCCCCCAGGUCUGGUCCAUAGCAAUCUCGCAUUUUUUUUUACAAUAUGAACGUUACAGCAAGUAAAUCCAGGUGCAGAUCGAUUGCGUCACCGAUGUCUUCGUUGUUAUGUUUGUACGGUCGAGAUAUUGGCGCAAUAGGCCGGCUCGGUCAAGUGAUAAAUAAAAAGUGCUAUCUAAUGUUUAUAAUAUGUUACUGUAAUAAUUUCAUUUUUCCGGUCCACAUUCUGCGGGAUGUAACGAUAACAAUAUGUACCUGCUUCUCACCUAACAAUAUAACAUAACAUAUUAUCAGCUUUUAAAAAUAAAAUGUAAAUUAUUUCUACUUUUUAUCUUAUUUCUUUAACACAAUCAGACACUGCUCUAUAUCUAUAUUGUCUAAGAAGUAAAUGAAAUGAAAUGAAACAUUGAAAAUGAAAUCUUGCGUCCAUUUGCGAAAAUACACAAGAUAUUGCGAAUUUAUAUGAUUAAAAUAAAUGAAGGAUAAUUUACGUGUCACCGUGACAUGGACUUUUCACUUUUAAACAUUCUUUUUGGCUUUUUAUGAUAUCAAAGGAGCAGCCUUUGACACCAUAAAAUGAAUUACAGAAAAAACCUUAGUAAACAUUAAGCUGUUAGUUUUAUGUUAACAAGACCAAAAAUUGGUGUCAACUUGAUUGAAAUAUACUGGUAUUGUAGUGUUUUGUAUUUUAUGAGAACUUUGGGUACUACAUUUUCUUUGUUACUGUUGUUAUGUAUGUUGUCAACUUCAAACGUAAUAAAACACAAAUCAAUAUUUGCAAUGAAUUGAUGGGACGAUCCGUGGAAUGUGGACCAAAGUCUGGAGCGAGGGCGAUGUCUAACAAAACUAGUUGAUAUGUAUUGUAAGAUAUAUAUUUUAUUGUAAAUAAAGAGCUCGAUAUAGAA